CACCUGAUGGUACAAAAACAACAUUUAACUUACGCAGUGUUGUGGGUCAUACAGAAACAGAUAAUGUUAGAAAAUGUUGUCAUAGAUAAACAGUGAUCAACUCGUUAUGAACAGAAACAGUUUUUAUUUGAUAUUCUGCUCUCUUGUCUCGGCAGUGACGAUCAUGUUGUUCUUGCUAGUUGCAAACGAUCACUACGGUUUUUCUCUCAAUGUUGUUGCUGAUUUUCCUCGGGUCGUUCCAGAGAGACAGCAGUUUUUUGAAUAUGAAUCCAUCGUUGUCAGUUGUGAGGGGCUGAUGGGGUUAACAGGAUGGAGGGUGUUGAAGAAGAUCAGCGGACUUACUCAGACGUGUGCUAUUUCUUGGUCGGCAUCAAUAGGCCCCUGUAAUAUUACAAAUGCUAUUCCAAAAGUGGACAGCGGAGAAUUUUGGUGUGAAAUCGGAGCAAAAAGGAGCAACACAGUCAACAUCACUGUCACUGCUGGUUCUGUGAUCCUGGAGGGUCCAAGUCUUCCUGUAAUGGCGGGAGACAAUGUGAGCCUGGGCUGCAGAGAGCAGAAGUCUGACUUCACCCAAGCUGCACAAUUCUUCAAAGAUGGCAUCUUGAUGUAUACCAGCCCCAUUGAAAACAUGACCAUCCCCAGUGUUUCCAGGUCUAAUGAAGGCCUCUACAGCUGCAGCAUCUCUGGAGCUGGACAAUCAGCACAGAGCUGGUUAAUCGUCACAGCAGCUUCUGAGGAGGAUCAACCUGAUCAAGUCCCACAGCUGUUUCUGAAGGUCUGCGUUGGUGUCUGUGCAUUCCUGGUUGUGUUGUUGUUGGUGGGAUUACUGCGACGUCGCAGACGUCAAACAGUCAACACAGUGUCUGAGGAGGGCAGCGCUGAGGAGGGCGACGCAAAUCCAGUCGAGACAACAUAUUCUUCCCCUUUCAUCUAUAUGCCCAGGAAGAACAGAGUGUCUGAAGAGGCCCCCAUACAAGAUCCACAGACCUCAACUUAUGUUUUUUUAAAUCAUCCACGCUAAGGAAGGGUAGCCAGUUUGAUUUAACAUCUUUGAAAAGCCUCGUAAAAGUAUUAGGUGAUAAAACUGAACGUCCUUCAGACUGCCUUUACAAAAAACUGUGAGCACCUAUGCGUUAAUGUUUUUAGCGCCUGAAUAAUUUUAAAUUUUAGUAACUUUUGAAGUUGUUAUGUCAUUUGUAUGUCAGGAACUUGAGGCUGCUGAGAUACUCACAGCUUCCCUUUUAGAAUCGCAGAUAAAAACCACACAAAAAACAACAACAGAUAGACGAGUCCUUCAGGUAGAACAAACUCCCAGUCUAACCCUGAGAUCUGAGUUUACUUACCCUCAGGUGGGAAACUCUCACCUUUAUCCUGUUUAGUUUAUUAAUUAGUCCUAAUUAAAUUAACAUAUACUGAUGUAAAUGUAGGCUUGUUCAGUUGACUCAGUUACCAUAGUAACUGACUCAGAGCUAAAGUUACCUCCCUCUGUGGAACAGGCUUGAAUUACCCCUCUUUCUCGGGUUUGAGUGACCUCUCUUACUGAAACAGAAAACCCGGAGUUUCCCUCAAUUCAGGGUUGACAGACUCAUGGGUUUGCACAAAACCUGCUUUAUGAAACAGGCCCUGCAGGUCACAGUGUAGGCUGCUCUAUUAUCAGGGAGGCUGUUCAUGAGUCACGUAGCCACAUGCAUGUAUUCACUUUUUUUUUCCACAGGGCAGCAAAGACGUUAAGCUACCUUUCGACCUCAUUUCCUGUGUGGUUAAAUGAUAGUGUGAGAAAUUGUUAUAAAAAAAAAAAAACGUCAGAGCAGUCAGACUAGUAAAUGAAAGACUAUAUUUGGAACCAAACAUUUAAAUAAGAUAAGAAAUAUCAAACUACAGUGAAGUAAAAGUGUCUGAAGACGAGUAGAACUGAGAACUUUUCUUUUAUUUACUCUUAUUAUUCCAACAACUAAGAUACAAACAAGUCUCUUCAGUUUAUUUACCAAACCAAAAUAAAUACAAAAAAACAUUUUAGUUUUGCAACACUAGGUGGAUAUUAGGAUUGUAAUGAGGUGACUCAUGAACUGAUUUGGAGCCUCUUUCCUCACAAAGCUUUUUAAAAAACAGAACUGAAAGAUAACAACCUUAGCUGAAACACAUGUUGUUGUUUCUAUACCUCGUUUUAUUUUGGAAGUAUGUGGAAUGAUUUCUGCACGAGUAAUCCAAGGAUAAUGUUGAAAUGUGAUGAAUAAAAAUGUGACUGAAAUGAUAGAAAAAUAUAAAAUUCUUCU